AAUCUCAAUCUGUUUGUUUAUUUUACUACUUGCAGCAGGUGAAGUAAUCCUGGAUAUGGAAAUAUCAGUUUUAACCCAUUUUGUUGUAAAUUUGGCUAAAACCACACAUGCAAUCUUGUUUAUAUGUUCGCUCAAAGCUAAAUUAUUCCUAGAUUUCGACGAAUCGACUCUAGCAUUGAUGGAAAGAAAUCAAUUUGUGAGUGUCGUACAUUUCAAUCAAUCUUAUUCGCUUUCAUCUUUAUUGACAAGAGAAAACCAUGCUCGAACUUCUAUUUUGGUGAAUGCCAGAUGUACUGGAACAUCUGAACUCCUUUUCGAAGCCUCUGAAAAUAGGUACUUUAACAAAACAUAUCAAUGGUUCUUCUGGGGAGUUGACAUAGAUGUUGAAACUUUAUUUCCUUAUAAACUGAAAUAUGUUGGUCCAAACGCUCAGAUAACAUAUGUAAAUAAAACCGACAACGGGUACGCAUAUUGGGACAUUCAUUCCAAGGGACGACAUUUGAAAUCGCGGUUGGAAAUUAAUUUGAUAGCAACACUAACAAAUGAUACAUUGAAUAUAGCUUGCGACAUUUUUCGUUUGCAAAGUAUUGAUUUUCGCGGACAGUUUAAUGGAAUUACCCUAAGAGGAGCGAGUGUUAUCGAUAAAGAGGAUAUCAUUUCAAAUGAACAAAUUGAAUCUAUUCUGUCGCGACCCACAAAGGAUGCUGGAGUGGCAGCUUUUAUAAAGUAUCACUACGAACUUUUGGGACUUUUAAGGGACCGUUUCAACUUCACCGUUAACUUUCGGAAUUCUAGGGGAUGGGCUGGACGGUUGGGGAAUAGUACCUUUCGGCUUGGUCUAUUGGGAAUAAUUAUGCGAAACGAGGCAGAUAUUGCCGCAUCCGGAGCGUUCAAUCGAAUCAACCGUUUCGCAGAGUUUGAUAUAAUUCAUCAAAGCUGGAAAUUUGAAACUGCAUUUUUAUACCGCUAUACUGCAGACUUAGAUACUCAUGGAAAAAGUGGAAACUUUCUAUCGCCAUUCAGCGACAGAGUAUGGUCCUUUUCCCUAUUAACCCUUGCUGCUUUCAGCAUAAUUUGGAUCCUAUUUGAAAUUAUAGACAGCAAGUUUUUACACAGAGGGAAUAACUCCCAAAAACAAGAAGGUUCAAGUCAGAAAAUUGAAGAUGAACUUAAUGCUAAGAAAGGUAAACCUUGCAUUAAAACGACUUGCAUCGAACGGAUUCUGCAGACAUUUGGAGCCUGUUGUCAACAGGGAUUGGAUCCGAAUCCACAAGAUCGUUCAGUGCGUUUUCUCGUAAUGACAUUAUUUCUGUUCUCUCUUGUAAUGUACAACUAUUAUACGUCCUCUGUGGUGGGAGGAUUGCUCAGCUCUUCAGAUCAAGGACCAGCUACUGUUGAUGAAAUUACUGAUAGUCCUUUAAAGAUAUCAUUUGAAGACAUUGGAUACUACAAAGUUUUAUUUCGAGAAAGUCAAAAUCGAUCGAUUACAAGGCUAAUUGAGAAGAAACUGUCUUCUUUGAGAAGUACAAAUGAAUUACCAAUUUUCAGUCAUAUUGAGGAAGCUGUUCCAUAUCUUAAAAACGGCGGAUUCGCGUUUCACUGUGAAGUAGUUGACGCUUACCCGGUGAUUGCAGAAUAUUUUGAUGCUAAUGAGAUCUGUGAUCUGCGAGAAGUCUCUGGUCUCAUGGAAGUGGAAAUAAUGAAUUGGAUUUUACAUAAAAACAGUCAGUAUACGGAAAUAUUUCGAACAGCAAUGUGCAAUGCUCAGGAAAAAGGAUUUGUGGAACGCAUCCUUCGACGGCGACAAAUCAAAAAGCCAGCAUGUCAAUCAUUAUACACUGUUUAUCCUGUAAGCCUAGCAGGUGUUCUACCAGCAUUUGUUACCUUGAUCUGUGGGAUCCUGUUUUCCCUGCUGCUUUUGGGUAUGGAGAAAUUGUAUGCGUAUCUUGGCUUGGAAAAAUUAUGGCGCUUUUAAAUUUAACAAUAUUUAUUUAUAUAUUACGAUAUUAUAAAAAAAUACUUAAAAAGUAUUCCAUUAUCAUAUGGCAAUGUUGUUUCAUUCCACGCAUUUCAAUAAUUUCCAUAAUUCGUAAAAUAAAUAAAAUGCUUACUCCAAAUGCAA